AUGGCGGCCGCGGCGGCGCCGCAGGAGCCGGAGCCGGGCGCUUCAUUCCGCCGUUACCUGGCGCGGCUAGGAGCCCUGCGGCCUCAGCCCGGCGUGGAGCGGCCCGACGGUGACCGCCGGCGCACCGAGCUCCACCUGCUCUUUGACCAGCUCAUCUCGGAGAGCUGCGGGCCGGCGGCUGGGCCCAGCCCGCAGGAUGUUUGUGCACUGCUUGUCCAAGGCUGUCAGCUGGUUCACCUUGAUCAGGAGCAUCUUGUCAGCAAAUUUUGUCAGCUUAUCUAUCACUUGCUUAACAGAUUUCAGGUGGUGGUUGAUGAACAGAGCCUGAAUUUUCUUCUCUCCUACUGCAUCUCUGCUCUGAAGCAGUGCAGCUCUUGGACCCACGUGGAAAUUCUGCAGGCCUUAGCAGCUCUCCUUUACAACAAUGGACCUAAGUGUCAGAAGCACCUGCCAGCGCUGCUGGGCCAGGCUGGGCUCCUGCUGCAGCUCAGCGCCGCCGCUCAGCCCGACGCGGAGCUCCGGAGGGCAGCGGUGCACAGCAUGGCAAACCUCUGCCUCAGUGUGCCUGGGCAGCCAUACCUGGAGGAGUGCUACAGGAGUGUCUGCUUCCAGACUUUCCUCAGUGUGCUGCAGACUUCUAAACCCUCUGAUGGAGAUGACAUCACUUUUUGCAUGUUGCUGCAAAGUGCUCUGAAGGGUAUCCAGUCCCUUCUCAAUGGUGGGAAGAUGAAACUGGUGCAAACUGACCAAAUUGGAUCUCUUCUUGCAGUGUUCAAGAAGUGCAUGUUCCAUGGACUGCCAGGACUGAGCAUAGAGGUGCCCACAGCCUUGUACCCAGCCCCCCUGCCUCAGUAUGACAGAAGGUCACCUCUCAAGCAGGAGCAGUCAGAACCAGCCACCUGUAAGCAGCCAGGGGGCCGGAGGAAGAAGUCCAAAGGCAAACAGAAGAAGGAAGAGUCUGGGGAAGAAGGAAGAGAAGAUUUGGGUGAUGCAGGAGCUGAAGCAGCCCUUGGGGCAGAGGUGCUGAAGCUGCACUUGGGGGAUGUGCAGAGCAGGCCUGGUUUAGAUCCCCAGGCUCAGCCAUCAGGUGCUGCCCAGCUGCCCACGGGGAAGGAUCUGUCUGCAGCUCACAGCAGCUGGAAGAGAAUCAGCAGCAGUGAGUCAGAAUACUCUGAUGCUGAAGGUGGAAUACAGAGCAAAGUGAGGUCUUACCAAGCCAGCGUCCGUCAGGGGGCUCUGGGCUGCUUCCUCUCUGCUGUGAAAUCCAUCGAGAGGAGAGUUCUGUAUGGCUACUGGUCAGCAUUUGUUCCUGAUGCUCCUGGGAUUGGCAGCCCCCAGUCACUGUCCCUCAUGACUAUUGCUUUGAAGGAUCCUUCCCCAAAGACCCGUGCCUGUGCUCUCCAAGUGCUCUCAGCCAUCCUGGAAGGCUCUAAGCAGUUUCUGUCUGUUGCUGAAGAUGCCAAUGAUCACAGGAGAGCUUUCACUCCCUUCUCUGUAACUAUUGCUUCCAGCAUCAGGGAGCUGCACCGCUGCCUGCUGCUGGCCCUGGUGGCAGAGUCCUCUUCUCAGACACUGACACAAGUAGUCAAGUGCCUUGCAAACUUGGUCUCAAAUGCCCCUUACAACCGCCUGAAGCCAGGGCUGCUCACCAGGGUCUGGAACCAGAUCAAGCCUUACAUUUAUCACAAAGAUGUCAACGUCCGAGUCUCCAGCCUGACGCUGCUGGGCGCUGUGGUCUCUGCCCAGGCGCCGCUGCCGGAGGUGCAGCUGCUGCUGCAGCAGCCCGGCUCCUCGGGCUCAGCCAGCAGUGGGAGCACAACCCCUGCCCGUUCCAGCUCUGAGCCCUGGAGAAAAGCUGCCCCCUCAGCAGGGGAGUGCCCAGGAGCCCCAGCAGGCUGCUCCUCUGCAGAGCCCUGCUGGCUGCUGCGGCUCUGCGUGGCCAUCGUGGUGCUGCCGCGGGAGGACUCCUGCCCUGCCGCCGCCUCCCUGCCUGCCUUCUCCAGCCUCUAUGAGCCCUGUCCCCUGCGCCUGGAGGCCCUGCAGGUGCUGGCUCUCCUUGUGAAAGGUUAUUUCUCCCUGGCUCAGAGCUAUUUCCUAGAACUUGGAGAAGUGGCUUGCAGGUGCAUGGAAGAAAUGGAUCCCUCCAUUCAGCUUCAUGGAGCCAAACUUCUGGAGGAGCUGGGCACUGGUGUGCUGCAGCAGUACAAACCUGACUCAACCAUUCCCCCUGAUCAGAGAGUUCCAGUCAGCAGGGUGGUGACUUUCUGGACUCUGAUGCUGAAUGGCCCUUUGCCUGGCACCCUGCAGAGCUCUCCACAUGCAACCCUCCAGACAAGUGCCUGUGAUGCUCUGUCUUCUAUCUUGCCAGAAGCCUUCAGCAGCCUGCAGAGUGAGCAGCAGAUCCUGUGUGUCACCCUGCUGCUGGGCCUGAACCACAGCGAGAACCCCCUGGUGAAGGCUGCUGCUGCACGAGCCCUGGGAGUCUACAUCCUCUUCUCGUGCCUCAGGCAGGAUGUGAUGUUUGUGGCAGACACAGCAAAUGCCAUCCUGGAGUCCCUCCACGACAAGUCCCCCAACGUCCGUGCCAAGGCGGCCUGGUCCCUGGGCAACCUCACAGACACCCUGAUCAUCAACAUGGAAACCAUGGGACAGAGCUUCCAGGAGGAGUUUUCUGAUCUCCUGCUCCUGAAGAUGUUGAGGUCUGCAACGGAAGCAUCCAAGGACAGAGACAAGGUCAAGAGCAACGCGGUGAGAGCCCUUGGCAACGUGCUGCACUUCCUCCAGCCCUGCCACGUGGCCAACCCCAGGUUCAGGGAGGCCAUUGAGGACUCUCUGCAGGCCCUGAUCCGCACCGUGCAGAGCGAGGCCACCAUGAAAGUGCGCUGGAACGCCUGCUACGCGCUGGGCAACGUCUUCAGGAACCCUGCCCUGCCCCUGGGAGAGGCUCCGUGGAGCACCCAGGCAUACAGUGCCCUCUCCUCGGUGGUGAAGUCCUGCAAGAACUUCAAGGUGCGGAUCAAAUCGGCCAUGGCCCUCUCCGUCCCCAGCAGCAGGGAGCGCUACGGCUCCACGGAGCAGUUUGCCCAGAUCUGGGCUGCCCUGGUGCUGGCCUUGCAGAAGAGCGAAGACGCUGAGGACUUCCUGGAGUUCAAGUACAGUGCCAGCCUCAGGACACAGAUCUGCCAGGCUCUGCUGCAUUUGUUGAGCCUGGCACGGGGCACAGACCUGCCGGUCGUGCGGCAGAGCAUCGGGGAGCAGGGGGCUGCCAUCGGGGCCUACAUCCUGCAGUACCUGAAGUCUGGGGCUGAAGAGAACGAAGCAGGAAGGAUGCACAGGGACUGGUGUGAGAGGGAGAGAGUGGUGAAAGGAGCCAUUGAACAUCUGGGUGGGCUUGAGAAACAGCUGGAGGGCAAAGCCAGGGUGAAAGUGUCCGAGUAUCUGGAAGGUGUCUUGGCAAACCAUGCCAGUGCCACCGAAUUAACGGAGGCCUAGGCAGAAACGGGCACCAGGUGCUUCUGGCUGGGCUCAGAGGGGACCACGCUGCCUCCCCUGACACAGGGCAGCUGGGAGCUCCCUCCUGCUGGGUGA